AUGACAACAGAACGUCAGGCCUCCCUCCCGACCCAAGAGGCCAACGAGUCGGCCAGGAGACUUUACAACGCCAUUCAGUCGCCAUUUCCCAAGGCUGUGGAAAAUUUCGAGUCCAAAUGGACGGCAUGGCGAGCAGCCUGCGAAGAACAACCGGCUGAAAAGAGCCUUGAUGCCUGUACCCAAACAGUACAGUUUGAUGCGCUCAAAAGGCUCGGUCCCAAGAUUAUCCCGUUUGUAGUGUUCAAGCUGUCAAUAGCCGCCAACGGUAACUCCUACGGAGUGUUUCUAUACAACGCCCUUGAGAAUGACCCCGAAUACCGUGCAAAACCGGAUGCGCCGCUUGUUACUCAAGAGAUCCUACAGCGCCAUAGCAUUCGGGUCGUUGAGCUCAACCACCAGCGCCACAAGAUCUAUGAAGAACGCGUUGGGCUCUGGAAAGAACACUGCUGGAAGAACAGAUUUCGCGCAAACGUCGGCAUCUGUACCGAGUGCGAUGAAUACUUUGAUCUGCUCGAAAUGGGACCGAGCAUCAUCGCUCCCUUGAUGGUGGAAUACUUCCAUGAUCAUGUAGGAUAUUGGUACGAACUUCUGCAUGAGAUUGUUCACGGUCGCAAGAUGGGUGCGUACAUGGUCCAGAAGGGGAACUUGUUCGUGGAAUGUUGUCAGUUUUUCAACGAGGGCGACCAUGACCAGGCGCCGAUAUAUAUUCCUACUGAGUGGGAUAUUUACAUCUACACGCGGGAAAUGGGGCCUCAGGUGCGGGAGUAUUUUAGGAAGUUUAGUAAGUGA